GAGAACAUGCGUGUUCAGGGAGGUGGGGAUAAACUAGAUUAAAUAGAAGACAAAUUCAGCAUUCUCGGGGGUUCAUUUAGAAACAACAUACUACUGAAGGAAUGCUGCAGGAAGGGUCUUGGAACAAGAACUAGAGUUUGAGGAGAAAGCAAGCAAAAAGAAGAAAUACCAACGGAAGCUCUUCAGGUAGCAAUUAUAUGGAUGCUGUAAAGAAAAAUAAGCGAGAUGGAACAGAAGUCACAGAGAGACUUAUCACAGAAACUGUUACCACCAGACUGACAUCUCUUCCCCCAAAAGGAGGUGGUAGCAGUGGGCUCAAAACAACAGCAUACAGUGGUGGAAGUGGAGUGGAAAAGAGGAGUUACACCCAUGGCAGCAGUUACGUCACAUCUACAGGUGGAAAUGCUAGAAUGAAUGCCUCCUCUUCCUCCUACAAGCAAGCUAUCACUCCUUCCUCUACUCUCCCCAAAUCACCUGGGUCAACGUUUGAGCGAAAAACCUAUACCACCCGUCAUGCAACAUAUGAAGGGAGCUCCAGUGCAAAUUCAUCUCCAGAGUUUCCAAGAAAAGAUUUGGGUUCCUCUGCUACCAGAGGGCGAAGCCAAACCCGAGAGAGUGAAAUACGAGUGAGGCUGCAGAGUGCUUCUCCGUCAACCAGGUGGACAGAACUGGAUGAUGUUAAGAGACUUCUUCGGGGAAGUCGCUCAGCAAGCGCCAGCCCAACACGGUCCUCAUCAAACACACUCCCUAUACCCAAGAAAGCGGUUGUGGAAACCAAAAUGGUUACAGAGAGUUCCCAGUCAGUGUCAGGAACAUACGACACAACCAUUUUGAAUGCUGCUCUCCCACCAUACAUGUGGUCCUCCACCCUGCCUGCAGGGUCAUCGCUUGGCAGCUACCAUAACAACAUGACCCAGAGCUCAUCGCUGAUCAACACUGCAGCUCAUUCUACUGGAUCAGUGUUUGGAGUCCCAAACAAUCUGGCUCCCAGCUCCCCCACUCUGAAUGCAGGCCUCAGCACUUCUUCAACAGUGUUUGGUGUCCAAAACAACCUGGCUCCAAGCACAUUUGCUGCCACCAACAAUGGAACUACAGCCUCCACAGCAGCAUAUGGAGUAAAGAAAAAUAUGGCCCAGAGCUCUGGUGUGACUAGUACUGGUGUGUCCACCUCUUCUACAACAGCUGCCACCACCAUGAGCUCCCAGAAUGAUGACAUCCUGCGCAAGGACUGCAAGUUCCUGCUCCUCGAGAAAGAGAACGUAGCUCCCAAGAAAGAGGUGGAGCUAUUGAUCAUGACAAAGGACAGUGGGAAAGUGUUUAGUGCAUCCAGCACUGGUCUCAAUGGAGGUUAUUGUACAGAAGAUACCUUGAAGAAAGAAAAACAGGCUAUUGCUUCAUCUUAUGCAGGAGAUGCCUUCCUGAAAUCAGAAACAAAUGGAGGUCUACAAUCUGUUUCGACAAAGGACAAAGCCACCUAUGCAGAAAUCCAACGUGAUGAUGGCUGUGGAGGGGCAGGGGCAGCUCCAGCCUGGUGCCCUUGUGCCUCCUGCUGCAGCUGGUGGAAAUGGCUCCUUGGUUUGCUCCUGGCCUGGCUCCUUCUGCUUGGUCUGCUUUUUGGGCUUAUUGCUCUGGCGGAGGAAGUGAGAAAGCUGAGAUCUCGUGUGGAGAGCCUUGAAUCCCGUGCCAACUACUUGCAGAUUAAUCCUGAUACUUUGGAAAAUGUACACAUCAGCAAGGUUGGACAGUUUGCCAAACACUCAUCAACUCUGGGUGAUAUGAGUGAAGAAGACCAGCUAUGGCUAUUCAUGAAGAAGAGGCUGGAAGCAGAAAGAAAUCAAGGUUAUUUCCGAGGCGAGCCGGGACCCAAAGGUGAUAUGGGCAUCCAAGGACCAAAAGGAGACCAAGGACUUCCUGGCCCAGCAGGUGCUCCAGGUCGCUUUGGGCCUGAAGGCCCAAAAGGACAAAAAGGCAACAUGGGUGAAAAUGGCAUGGAGGGGCCCAUGGGACAAAGAGGAAGAGAAGGACCUCAAGGCUCUCGUGGGGAACCUGGUCCACCUGGAUUUGGAGAGAAAGGAGACAAAGGUUCUGCUGGAGUUCCAGGACCUCAAGGUCCCCCAGGUCCCCCAGGUCCUUUUGGCCCCAAAGGUAUGAUGGGUGCACCCGGUGGCCAUGGUCCCCCUGGUCCUCCUGGUCUUCAAGGAUUCAGAGGUGAAACAGGUGUUCCAGGUAUUAAAGGUGAGAAAGGAGCCAUGGGACCACCUGGGCCUAAAGGUGAUCAAGGGGAGAAAGGACCUCGUGGUCUUACAGGUGAACCUGGUUCCAGAGGGCCAGCUGGACCUACAGGUGAACCAGGAGCUAAAGGAUCAGCAGGUCCACCUGGGCCAGAUGGACAUCAAGGCCCCAGAGGAGAGCAAGGUCUUAUGGGAAUACAAGGACAACGAGGUCCAUCUGGGCCUCCUGGAGACCCAGGGCAGCCAGGUCUCACAGGACCACAAGGGCCACCAGGGCUCCCAGGGACUGCAGGUCAACCAGGGCCUAAAGGUGAACCUGGAGCUCCAGGCCGGGUUACUAGUACUGAUGGGGCAUCAACUAUUGCUCUCCCAGGACCUCCAGGCCCACCAGGCAGUGUUGGACCGCCAGGCCCACCUGGAGUCCCAGGUCCUGUAGGCCCAGCUGGUCUUCCUGGAGCUCAAGGCCCUCGUGGUGAGAGAGGACCACCAGGUGAAAGCACUGUUGUGGAAAUAAGACCUGAAACUGCUUCUUCAGCUGCUCAAGAUAUGACCAGGCAACCUGGGCCACCUGGACCCCCUGGACCUCCUGGACCCCCAGGCCCACCAGGAGCUUCUAUUCAGGGGCCACCAGGACCCCCUGGCCCACCAGGAGAAGGCUUACCAGGACCCCGAGGCCUACCAGGAUCCUUUGUGCCCACAAAUGAAAACUUCUUUGCUGGCCCACCAGGCCCACCAGGCCCUGCCGGACCAAGAGGAGAACAAGGAUUGCCAGGUCCACGAGGAUUCAAAGGUGAAGCAGGGCAGCCUGGUCUCCCAGGAGUCUCUGCACAUGCAGGUGCUGGAGUUGCCAUCCAAGGACCACCUGGACCUCCUGGGCCACCUGGUCCCAAAGGUGAAGCAGGUGUUCCAGGAGCCCCUGGCAUCCCUGGGGGAGCUGGAUCAAGAGUUUCUCAGGGUCCUCCAGGUCCCCCAGGCCCUCCUGGACAACCUGGCCUAGGAAUUGGUUCAGUGCAUGAAAUUCAGCAGUAUGUCUCUGAGUACCUGCAGAGGGAUGGGCGUUAUCUGGUUGCACCUCAAGGCCCACCAGGUCCUCCAGGUCCUCCAGGAAUUAUUACCAUUGAUGAAGAAUCUUUGGACUAUGGCAAGUUGGCCCGUCAUGUUAUGAACCACAUGUCUGCUUUAGGUAUCUCUUGGACAUCUUCUUCCCAUUCAUCCUCUUCAACAACGAUUUAUGAUGAUCUCAUUGCCAUGCUACAGAGAGAGGAUGUUCGUCGACAACUAAUUGGACCGCCAGGUCCCCCUGGGCCACCUGGAAUGGGAGGAAAUGGCUUAUCCGUGUCACUGGAUUAUGAUGAAUUGACCAGACGGGUUGUCAACUACAUGACAAGUUCAGGAAUUGGCAUGGGGCUUCCUGGUCCUGCAGGUCCUCCUGGUCUGCCUGGAGCAUCUUAUGGAGACAUCUUAGCGUUGCUCCAAGCUUCAGAGUUCAGCGGCAUUGUUGGGCCACCUGGUCCCCCAGGCCCACCAGGUGUUCCAGGCAGCUCUCUGUCCACCCUCACAGCAGAAGCUAUCUUCACAUACUUGCAAAGUGCAGGGUAUUCCACAAUUCCUGGACCCCCCGGGCCACCAGGACCCCCAGGCUUUUCAGGAACUGGCCUUGAGUCUUAUGGUGACAGUAUUUGGACUGAUCAGUUCAGGAGUGAAUUGAUCCGAUACCUUACCAGUGAUGACAUACGUGGUUUUAUCAGAGGUCCUCCUGGGCCACCAGGACCACCUGGAGAUGGAACCGCUAUGUCUGGAUAUUACAGAGGGUCUCUAAAUUCAGAAGGAUCAUAUGGCAGGUCCAUGACUUCAGACACAUCUUAUGAUGCCACAGGGGGAUAUGGUGGUUCAGUGGGAAGUAAUGGAGCAUAUGGUGGUGCACUUGGAGCAGGUGGAUCUUAUGGUGAAUCACUGAGCACAGAUGGAUCACAGAUGAGAUCUGCUGGGGCAGAAGGAUCAUAUACUGGUGGAUCAUUUCGUGGACCAUUGGAUUACAAUGAGUUGGCAGUUCGAGUGUAUGAAAACAUACAGAACAGAGGACUCCUCCAGGACAUGAUGACUUACACCAUGCAAGGACCCCCUGGGCCUCCAGGGCCGCCUGGCAUCAGCAGGGUGUUUGCAUCCUAUGGAAACGUCACUGAAGACCUCAUGGAUUUCUUCAGAACUUAUGGAACUAUUCCAGGCUCACCUGGACAGAAAGGCGAGAUAGGGUUCCCAGGACCCAAAGGUGAUAUUGGAUCAAUGGGGCCACCGGGUCGCCAAGGCCCAAGAGGACCAAAGGGUGAAAAAGGCGAGAAAGGUGAACAUGCAUAUGGACGAAGGAAAAGGAGAAGCAUUGGGGUCUAACCUAAGAAUAUGGAUUAACAUACAAACUUCAUAAAUUGUUCAUGGGUGAUUUCUUCUGUUGCAGUAGAGAAAAUACCUAAAUUCCAGUGACUUUAUUAUUAAUUUGCCCCUGAGACUUAGCAAUUGAAAAUGAUAUUCAUGAUUUUAUUUCACUGAUGUCUAAAAUUUGGACGUUUAAAAAAGGGUAUUUCUUUGUUAAUGCCUGUGAGGGUUUAGAAUUGGUAUCUAAGCCUCGGGCUUUUUAUAGCAUUGCAGGUCACUAACCUUCAGGAUACACCCCCACCUAACUUUGCCAAAUAAACAUUAGAAUGUUUCAGAUGAAACUGAAAAUCAGAUUCACAGAGUUACAUAAAUCACCUUGAUGAGAUGGAAUGUACAUGUUUAUCCAAAAUGACCAAGGAUCUAGAUUUAAAGAACAGAUGUGGUUGUACUCCAACAUGUGGCAGUUAGGAGCAUAACCAAUUUCUUGUUUAAUGCCAAUUGCUAAUUGCAUUGCAAAAAUGUGAAGGACCUUGGGGCUGUUAGUAUUAAGCACUUUUUGUUAGAACUUCUUUUUAAAACAAAAAUGUUUGCUGUGGUGCUUUCUAUUGCAUUAAGUGAAAAAUUCCACUUUAAUAUACAGCUUCCCAAUUAAAGCUUUGUUUAUACUGUAGACUCUCUUUAGUGGAAACCAGACACUAAAGUAUUAUGACAGACAGAUAUGGGUGGUGGCAGAGGCAAGCAGACACAGUCAAAUGUGUGCUAUGGUGCAGUAGCACUGGACACACUGCUUACUCUACCAUACUGAGCUCAGUCCCUCCCCUUCAGUGAGAUUUAUCUGGGACAACUCUGCCCUCUUUUGCCUGUUUCCAGGGCUAGUACUCACUUUCUAAAGCACCACCUGCUUUAGAAAUGGGCAUACACCAUUCCCAUUAGCAUGUACUGAUAUGCUACUAGGGGGCUAUAUGCCACAUGCCUGGGCUGAUGUUUUAUAAUAACAGUGUCUUGAGGUUUGCAACAAGGCAAUCAUCACUUUCACCUAGGCAAAUUUGCAUGCCAUGAUUUCCAUUACUACAUAUAUACAUGCAUCUAGUAGCAAAUGGUCAAGUUUGGCCAAUUGCUUUUGUCAAACUUGCUGUGAUGACAUGCUGAUAAUCUUCCUAAUUUAGGCCAUAGUGAAAGCACAGCAUCAUGUAGAUAACUAAAAUGUUUGUUUUACUAAGCCAGCUCUAAACAAGACUUUCUAUAGCUCAGGGAGCUUGUGAUGUUUUCAAUUAUUAAUAAAUGGAACUUGUGAAACUCACAAAAUUUGCUUUGAUGAAAACAUUAACACGUUAAAUCCAGAAUCACUCAUAUGUACCUGAAAGUUAUCGAUACACUAAAAACCAGGGCGCUUUUUAGUCAGCUUUAAUUUUGACUGUGUGUUAAGAUCUGGUCUCAGUAUUUUGUUACUAUGGGUAAAUAACUUGACAUUAGAGCGAAUAAAAAAUGGGAAAAGGACAUUUAUUAGGGUCACAGAAAUAAGGUGGCACGUUCAAGUCUAGGCAGAUUGCCAUCCUAGCUGUCUUCCUUGCCAAAAAUUUUACAAACAUGCAUUUCUCCAACAGCCCCCAAUAUACCCCAAGCUACUUCUCAUACUCAGGAGUACUAUGUAAUUUUGCAUUACAGACCCUUCUGCUAAUUUACAGAAAAA